AUGCCUCAAGAUCCAAAUCUCUACGGGCAGCGGCCCAAGAAGAAGCCGCGCAAGGAUGCCGCCCAUUCAUCCUCCCUGGACUUUACAGCGCAGCUGACCUCGCUUAUGGCAUCGUCUGGCGGCUCGUCAAGGGCCACCACCGCCGGCCGCGCCCGCCCUUCCAAGGAGCCCAAGGACGACCUGUUUCGCACCCACACGGCCCGGAAGCGGGAAGCAGAAACACGCGCCCAGGAUGAGAAACUCGUCCUCAAAGACGUCACCGGGACCGAGGAUGAGUCGCGCGAGCGAGCCCGCGCGAAGCGCAACAUGGAGAACAAGGCGCGCCUCUACGCAGCGAUGAAACGAGGCGACUACGUGCCGCAGGACAAUGAGGCGGGCCCCCUGAUUGACUUUGACCGCAAAUGGGCCGAGAACGACGAAGGCAAGGACCUUUCCGACCUCAGCUCCUCCGGCGACGAGGCGGCGGCGGACGGCGGGGACGACGAGAUGAUGGAGUACGAGGACGAGUUUGGCCGCCUGCGGCACGGCACGCGCGCCGACAAGGAGCGCAUGGAGCGGCGCGCGCGGCGCGGCCUGCUCGGCGCCGAGGAGCUGGACCGCAUGUCGGCGCGCCCGGCGGCACCGAGCCAGCUCAUCCACGGCGACGCCAUCCAGGCCAUGGCGUUUGCGCCCGACGACCCGGAGCAGAUGGAGGCGCUGGCGCGCAAGCGCGACCGCAGCGUGACGCCGCCCCCGAUGAAGCACUACGAGGCCGACAAGGAGGUCCGCACCAAGGGCGUCGGCUUCUACCAGUUCAGCCGCGACGAGGCCACGCGGCAGGCCGAGAUGGCUGCCCUCGAAGAGGAGCGCACGCGCACCGAGGCGCGCCGCCAGCAGGGCGAGGACCGCAAGGCCGCGCGGAGGAGGGAGAUGGAGGAGCGCAGAAGGGAAAUGGCCGCGAGGAGAGCGACGAAGCAGGCGGAUAGCUUCCUGAGCGGCUUGGGGGAGUAG